AUGGACCGAACCCUGACGCCGCUCAUCGCGGCCAUCAGCAGUCUCAAGUCGGGCACCGGUAUCGUCUUUCAUCAAGCCUCUCGUCAUGCUGCCUAUUCACCCUCGCUCACCGUUCUUCUCUGCGAAUGCAUCAAGGUCGUUGUCUCGACCUGCCUUCUCACAAAGGCUAUGUACGAAAAGCGGCUCUCAGACCGCUUCGAAUCGACCCAAUACACCCCGCUCGGUGCCCAUCCCAACGAAUCGACCGACAGCUUGCUCGACAAAGACACGUCUCCCGAAGCAGCCGAGGUGGUCGAGCCCCAAAGAAGGACGUUGGUCCACCAAGUCUUGGGUCAAAUCUUCGUCCUUCAGGGAUUCCGGCUCAUGGCACCCGCCCUCAUCUACGUGGUGCAGAACAAUCUCUAUCUCUUUGCGGCAAGCGAGCUGGAUCCUGCCUUUUUCCAGGCGCUCUGGCAGUUUCGCAUCCUCGUCUCGGCGGUCUUGAGCCGCUUUGUGCUCAAGCGUACCAUUGUUGCCAAGCAGUGGGGCUGCCUGGUGGGCAUCUUUGCCGGUGUCAUGCUCGUCAAGUAUGCUACAGGAGGGCACGAUCAUGCGCCCGCUGACGCAGCGGCCCAUGCAUCGCAACCCAACGCGUUGGCCAUCAUGGCAUUGUGUUUUGCUGCUUUGCUGAGCAGUGUCGCGGGUGUCAUCCUCGAGUUUAUCUACCAGGAUAGGACGUGCCACCUCUGGGCCUCCAACGUCCACCUGAGCGUCUUCUCCAUCCUCCCCGCCGCCGCCGUCACCAUCUUCCAGCCGCAAGACCUCACGCCGGUGCUGCGUGAUCUGCACCGAUCCCCCUGGCCACUCGCCGUCGUCUUCUGCCAAUCCUUUAAUGGCAUCAUGAUCGCGCUUCUGCUGAAAAAAGCGGGCGUCAUUGUCAACGACCUCACCAGCGCCGUCUCGAUCAUCCUCACCUUUGCGCUCAACUCGAUGCUCUUCCCGGAAGACUCCAAGAUCGGCGGCGUGGGAGAUGUGCUGUUGGUGGUGAUGGGCAGCGCCGUCAUCCUCGUCGCCAGUGUCUGUUACCAGCGCUUCUCGGUUUCGACCCCCAAGCCAGCAGCACAAGAGGCAGCCGUCAGCCUGCCCCUUUCCUCGCCCCGCCACAACAGCCUGCUCUCGUCGUCCUCGGACUCGACUUUGCAAGGCAGCUAUACGGAUCUCUCGGAUCCAAAAUACGAUGCAGAGCUGCUUCCCAUGGUCGAGCGAGAUCAGAUCGUAUGGCAACAGCCCGAGGCGGAUGCUCACCUCGAGUCGGACGCUUCACAUCCUCUCUUAUCGCCAGCGUUGCCCGAGAAGAACUUGUCCGCUUGA